ACAUAGUUCCAUACACAAUCAAUACCACGAAGUCUUGCAAAGAUAUUUCAUCAAACGAUUCGAGGUCUCUUCUCAUAUAACUAUAACUAUCUAACUUAAUAUCACAUACUACACAUCACCAAACAUGUCUGGUUACUCUAACGUCGGCCAAAACUCCGUCUACGAGAACGGCGACCAGAGGAAUCUAAAGAACUCGGAAGUUCCAGGCCGUCCCCGAUAUGAAGAGGGCGUAAAAAACUCGCAUCAACCUAACGAUUCCAAGGACGAGCGAUCCAUUGCCAACCGCCUGGCUAAUGAAGAGCGCAAGUUAAACCGUGAAGAACCUCAAGACCCAGAGACCAAGGCCCACAAGCAAGACCCUACAUUACCUGCCAAGUUACAUGGUAACGAACCUUCGAAAGGCGCCAAGAUCGAUGCCGAUCUACAGGCAGAAGAGGAGGAAUAUUUAAAGCAGAAGGGGAAGAAAUAAGCCACGAUAUCACUUUUAUUGUAUUAUAGUCUUUGAAUACGUUCGGAGAUGCCCUAGCAAACUAAUAA